AUGAGCCGCGUCCAGCCCGCAGGUCCGUGGCAGUACGAUCUCGACGCUGCAUCUCGUCUCUGGUCGCAACGAAAGGUGGCUAUCGCAGGACUCGUUUACCUCUGGUCGGCCAUGGCCAUUGGCGCCUACUACCUCGUUCUCCUCUCGCGCAGCUUUGCCAACGACCUCUGGUGGCCGAGCUUCAACACAACGGGGUACCAGCUCUUUCUCGUCGAUGCCAUCAACCAUGCCUUGGAGCAGCGUCUCUCGGGUGUCGUGGACCUCACGCAGCUGGUCAUGCCCAAGUCCUAUGGCGCAACGCAGCUGCCAGUGCCCCACCCGACCCGCGCGCGGGCUCUCUUACUUACUGAGCUCACAUCCAUCGAGUAUGCGAUCCUGAACAUUCGCAACAUGAGCGCUGAUCAAUCCAUGAUGCUACCCACGCUCUUCUGCUAUGUGGACUUUGGUCAGCGCUGGGAGCUCGCCCACACAGUCGCUCGCCAGACACGGUGCAAGGAGCGAUACCACUUCAACGGCGCCAUCUAUCUGGACAGCCUCGUGCGUCAUUCAACCAACUACAUUAUGGAGGCGCAGUGCAUCUACGCUACGACACCUGGCUUUGAAGGAUUCGUCGGCCUUAGUGACGAUCGCGGCCGCUUUGUCCAACAAACGGGACUCGUGCGCGACGCCAUCGGACCGUUUUUGUCCGUCGACCUCUUUCAACGCGUGCUUUACCAAGCGGUGCAAGCCAACGCCACAGCCGCUCGCGAAUAUGAACAGCUCCCAGCACUCUCGGCGCGACCACUACCAGCGACGUGGGAUGCGGACGAGUACCUCUAUUACGGUGGCAACCCCAUGUGCUUGAGCGGAAUCGGGCGCACCUACGUGCAGUCUGCCUUUACGUUUGGCGACGCAUGCAGUCAGCCAUCGUCGGCAACCAUGGUAGCCCAGCCAUCCGCCCUUCUCUUUGCUCUGAGCUUGAGCGGACCCAGCGUAUCACCGACGGAUAUCUGCAUCUCCGUGGUCUCAGCCAGCGACGAUUGCAUUCGUCAAGUGACCAAAGCCAUCGACCUCACAACGUCUCUGAGCUUGACCAACGAGACGCUCUCAUCCGCACUGACCGCUGAGAUCAGCGACAUGCAAGUGAGUCUCAUGCAGUUUGCCUCGGAUCAGAACGGCUCCGAGUGGACACUGCUCACAGCACCCAUCUUGCACGACGGCCAUCCGCUUGGCUGGGUCUACGCCUACGAGUGGGCCACCGGUGUGCGGGAAGUCGUCUCGUUUGAAGGCGACAAUGACACGCUUGUGCUGAUCUCCGACGCCUAUCAGAGCAUUGGGACCCAAGACCCGAACACGGCGCCGCUGAGCCAAGCGUCCACAAUCGUCUUCUACAUGCUGCUCUACUCGUCCGUGGUCUUGGUCGUGAUUGCUGUAGCGUGCACAGUGCUGGCUGUACGCUCCCGCUUGGCGUUUGCGGGUCAGAACUUGUUUGUGUUUCAUCGCGUGGCUGCGUCGACGUGGCUCGGGCGACCGCUGAUGUUUCUUCGUGGCGCCUGCGCGCUGUUGCUUCUUAGCACCGCCCCCGUGACACUGACGCAAACCAAUGGGAUCUCGGCGCUUGCAAGCUCGGGCCGUCCGUUCUAUGCAACAAUCGUGCUGGCAGGCGAAGCCAACUGGAUCAUGUACGUCAUGUACGAGUGCCAGCUCGUGUUUCAUCCCGAUGGCUCGAUGGGUGCGGCGGCCGUCGUCUGGUGCAUCUACAGCCUUCUUGAUGUGCUUGCACCGGUCACCAUAGCCGCCACGCUAGAGCGCAAUUGCUACAGCACCGAGUACUUCUACACGCUGAUGUGCACGAAUGGCUCCAUCUCAAUUGGCAGCUCGCAGCGUCUCUACGUUCUGCUCGGUAUCCAAGGCGCUAGCCUUCUUAUCGCGAUCUGCUGGCGACAUCAUCGCACACGAGUCGACUGUCGACGCCCGAUCACCGUUCUUUUCUCUGGUGUCGCGAACGCACUGCUCCAUCACGAGCUCGAUGACAUCGGCUACGUCCUUACGGGCUGAUUCCGCUGCAGCACGGUCGCGUCUUCUUUGACGUCAAGCUUUGGGUUGCAGUGCAUGUGGCUCAAGCGCCUGUAGCAUCGGCCAUCGUUGCAGCUGAGCCAGUGCGCAAGCCAUCGAUGUCG